AAGCUUGGGUAAGAGAAACCGAAUAUCCAACGAAUGGCGAACUUAAAACUAACUGUACCGAGACACUUAAUCAGUACAGUAGAGAGCUGCAGAGAGACACGCAUCUCACCAUGAGACUGGAGAAUAAGACGCCGGUUAAUGUUAGCAGAAUCGUGAAUUUAUUACGACUGCAUUCAUAACGUGAGGAGCGCACCGCUGGCGUUUAUAAUGCAUUGUAGAGGUCCGUUUGGCUGUUGUUGUGGUGAUGGUCUGUAAAAGCAGGGGCAACAUAUAGGCAGGAAGAUGGGUAAGAAGAUUAUUUUGCUGUCAAAAUGAAUGACGACGUCGCCGAUGUUUUUACGCAAAGUUAUUCUGCACACUGAGGGAGACUUGCGCACUGCAGCAACGCACUGUUUUGGACUGUGGAUGUGCUGUAUAUUGAAUAUCUGUCUGUAAAGGAGGAGAUCGCCUUUCGGUUUCCAUUAACAACAGCAUUUGUGUUGCAGUUUAUUCUGUUGCUCACUCAACGUGAUUGAGUGGUUCAAAGGCACUCUAUUCUCCAGCAGAUGAGAGGCAAGCAGUUCCCACAGCUUCACCUGCCUGCACUAGGGUAAAAUAAUGUUCAUGUUUAUGACAGAAAACUCAAAACAUAUCGCAAUCAUACUACAAAAAUAAUCACCCAGCCUCUAAUCGUAAUUAAAAUGUUGCGGAGAAAAAGAAUUGUCCUGUUUAUAGCAUAUUUUCUGCUGGUAGUUCUUUCUAUGCUGAACUUGGCCAACUACAGAUGGACCAAAGAGCCCCAACAGUGCAAUCUCCAAAUGAGAAGCACUCCCUAUCAGGGCAGAUCAGACAUCCGCUUUCUUUACAGACCAUCUCUUGCCAAGAAGAGACAGCUUGUCUACGUUUUGACCACAUGGAGGUCAGGCUCAUCCUUUUUCGGAGAGCUGUUUAAUCAACACCCAGAGGUCUUCUUCCUGUAUGAACCAAUGUGGCACAUCUGGCAAAAGCUUUACCCGGGUGACGCUGUGUCCUUACAAGGAGCUGCAAGGGACAUGCUGAGCUCGCUGUACCGCUGUGAUCUUUCUGUUUUUCAGCUGUACAACAGCCCCGGGGGCAAAAAUUUCACCUCGCUUGGACUUUUUGGUGCCACCCUUAAUAAAGUAAUCUGCUCGUAUCCUCUUUGCUCCGCUUACAAGAAGGAGGUGGUAGGGAUGGUAGAUGACAAAGUGUGCAAAAAGUGUCCUCCACAAAGUCUCAGGCUCUUAGAGGAAGAAUGCCUUAAGUACAACACGAUUGUCAUUAAAGGGGUACGUGUUCUGGACGUCAAUGUUUUGGGCCCCCUCAUGGAGGAUCCGUCUUUGGAUCUAAAAGUGAUUCAUCUUGUGAGAGAUCCGAGAGCCGUGGCCAACUCCAGGAUCAAAUCUAGACAUGGACUGAUUCGCGAGAACUUACAGGUUGUGCGAAGCAGGGACCCGAAACUCCGUCGGAUACCCUUUGUAGAUCCAGGGCACAAAAUGAGCAAAAAAGACGGAGCAGAUUACCACUCGGUUGGUGCUAUGGAAGUAAUUUGCGAUCGGACAUACAGGAGCCUGAGCACUGCCUUAAAUCCACCAAACUGGCUGAAAGGGAAAUACCUGGCAGUGCGCUAUGAGGAUAUGGUUGAGAACCCGAUCAAGAUACUCCAGAAUGUUUAUCGAUUUGCUAAUAUCAGUGCCAACCUUUACAUUGAAUCUUUUGCUCUUAACAUGACCAAUGGCACAAGCUCUUCCUCAAAGCCAUUUAUUGUGUCGGCCAGGAAUGCAACACAGGCAGCCAGUGCAUGGAGAACAGUUCUGAGUAUUCAACAGAUCAAGCAAGUAGAGGAGUACUGCCAUCAUGCAAUGGCCAUUCUGGGUUAUCAACGUGUACGAACAGCUGUUGAGGCAAAAGACCUGAGUAAAUCUUUAUUGACUGCCUCCAAACUCUAACACAAAUCUAAGACAGGAUAUCUACUUGUCCACAACUGUGGAUUUGCUUUAGUUCCAAUAAAGUGUUAUUAAAGGAUUUCAAAAUCUCUUUCUGGAAUGUCAUGGUAUUUUUAGACCAUCUUGAGGUCAUUUGAUAGUGCCAUUACUUUUUUAAUAGACCUGUGAAACAGUGGUUCUCAACUUGUUUGCUUCACAAUCCACCUUCACCUGAAAAAGGGUGUGAGGAUGGCCAAAACAUCAUGUACAUUUUAUAAAAUGAAUUUGAAGCUCAAAUUUUGCUUAUUGAGUGAGUGUUGGACCUCCUUCUUUUUAAACCAGCAGGAGCAAAAUUGUCUGUUGUACACACGUAAACAUAAGUGUCCUUAAAGUAAUAUUCAAUACAAGUUAAGCUCAAUAGACAGCAGUUAUGUCAAAAUGUUGAUUAUCACAAAAAAUUAUUUUGGCUUUUCUUUUCAAAGAUCUGGGUUCAAGUGAGGCAUUUACAAUGGAAGUGAAUGGGAGGGUUUAAAGGAAGAAAUGUGAAGCUUAUAAUUUUAUUAAAGCAAUAACAAUAUUUUUUCUGUUAAAAAAUGUAUUAUCUGAGCUAUAAAUUUGUUUAAAUUGUCCUUUUUACAGUUGUUUUAGGGAUUGCGGCAUUGUGUUGUCAUAGCAACUAAGUUUUAAAAUUGGAUCUAACUUUUCAAGUGACUUUAUCACACUAAAAAUCAUGUUAACAUCCAUAUUGUUUGCGAAAUUUGGUUAUACUUUUGAAACAGUGAGUUAUUUUAACAUUUACAGAUUGGCCCCAUUCCCUUACAUUGUAAGUGCCUCACUGGAACCCAGAUUAUUUUCAAAAUGUAUUAUUUUUUAAGAAAUUAAGGGACAAGUUGAAAUAAUUGUUUUGGUAAUCAACAUUCUCAAACCACACAUGCUGCUGAUUGAUCUAAACCUUUAUCGAACCCAGAAUAUUCCUUUAAGAUCAGACAUUUAAAGUUAUUAAAGGGAUAGUUCACCCAAAAAUUUUCUCAGCAUUAACUCACCAUUAUGCCAUCCCAGAUGAGUAUGACAUUAUUUCUUCAGCAGUACAAAGAUUUUUAGAAGAAUAAUUCAGCUCUGUUGGUCCAUACAAUGCAAGUGAAUGGGUGCCAAAAUGAAUGAACAUAAAAUCAGCAUUAAAGUAAUCAAUCAGACUCCAGUGGUUAAAUCCAUGUCUUCUGAAGUGAUAUUAUAGGUGUGGGUGAGAAACAGAUCAAUAUUUAAGUCCAUUUUUCCAUAAGUUCUCCCUGCCCAGUGUAGUGCAAUAUGCAUGAAGAAUGUGAAUCACCAAAAAUAAAAGAACUUACAUACUGAACUGUUUCUCACCCACACCUAUCAUAUCGCUUCAGAAGAUAUGCAUUUAACCACUGGAAUCUUACGGUUAUUAUUACUUUUUUGCUGUGCUUAUGUGCAUUUUGAAGCUUCAAAGUUGUGACCACCAUUCACUUGCAUUGUGAGGACCUACAGAGCUGAAAUGUGUUUGUGUUCUACAGAUGAAAGAAUGUCAUAAACAUCUGGGAUGGCAUGAGGGUAAGUAAAUGAUGAGAGCAUUUUCAUUUUGGGGUGAACUAUUAUAAUGUAUGUAUUCGCAUUAUAUAGACUGAACAGGAACAUUUUGUAAAUGCAUAUACUGUACAACAGCAGAAGUGAGAUUUACCAGUAAUACAUGGACCACAUAAUGGGCUAAAUAUUGUAUUCGUUUUUGACAUAUAAAAAAGUGAUAGUUUAGUUUGCAAUACCAAGCUUGGUAUUUAUUUUCUUCCAUUUUAAAGUUGAUGAGCUAAUUUAUUUGCUUGUAAUUUGAAAUGUUGCAUUGAGCACCAUGUUCAGGUCAGAAUAGACCUGCAACCGCUUAUGGGUUUCAACCCAUCAGUUGAGAACCACUGCUGUAGAUGUUUGAUAAAGCAUAAAAAAGAAAGAAAACAAGAUGACUACUUAUAUUGUAUAAGCCAAAUGUUGCAUUGUCAUUUUUAUGUUUUAAGUGGAUGCUUAAGGAUGUUUUCAAUGUUUCAGUUGAUUUGCUUUCUGUCAGAAACAAGAAUGGAAAUGUAUAAUAACAAAGUACUGUUCAAAACUGUUAUGCUAAAUGCAGGGAUUGCUAUUUCUUUAGUGCUGAAUCGAUUCAAAGACAAUAGUUAGUAUUAAACUUUGCAUACUUUUAAAUGCCAGUGUUAUGUGGACAUGUUUCUCAUUUCACCAAACAAAAUGUCAAAGUUAUGAUUCAAAAUCUUAAA